UCCUCGAGGAAGACGUUCGCGAUAAUCUCCACACAACAACCCUACAACAUACAAGAUGGCUUUAGUCGUGGAUAAUGGGUCGCGCAUGAUUAAGACCGGUUUUGCAGGGGAAGAUGCCCCAAAGUAUGUGUUCCCGUCCGUCGUUGGAAAAUUGAGACACCCGAGCUUGUUUGGUAGGGGCAAAGAUGCAUACGUCGGCGAGGAAGCCCAGCGUAAGAGAGGUGUCCUCUACCUGAAGUACCCUAUCGAGAAGGGUAUCAUCACAAACUGGGACGAUAUGGAGAAGAUAUGGCACCACACCUUCUAUAACGAGCUAAAAGUUGCCCCAGAGGAUCAUUCAAUCAUGAUGACUGAAACCCCACUCAACCCCAAGGCCUUCAGGGAAAAGAUGACCCAGGUCACGUUCGAGACCUUCAAUAGCCCUGGCUUAUACGUUGCCACCCAGGCUGUUCUGUCGCUGUACGCCUCUGGUCGAACCACCGGUAUCGUCGUCGACUCUGGCGAUACUGCCAGCCAUGCGGUGCCAAUCUUCGCGGGAAACGUCCUUCCAAACGCCACCCUGCCAUUUGACUUGGCUGGCGGUGCUCUCACCGAUUACCUCAUGAAGAUCUUAACCGAGCGUGGCGAUUCUUUCACCACUAUCGCUGAGUGGGAACUUGUCCGUGAUAUCAAGGAGAAGCUCUGCUACGUCGCCCUUGAUUUCGACCAGGAGAUGCAGACUGCUUCUUCAUCCCGCUCCUUGGCGAGGAAGUACGAUCUUCCCGACGGACGAGUCAUCAGCAUUGAGAACGAGCGGUUCAGGGCUGCAGAAGGCCUGUUCAAGCCUAACCUUCUUGGGAUGGAGUCCCCUGGCAUCCACCGGACCGUCUACGACAGCAUCAUGAAAUGUGAUUUUAACAUCAGGAAGGACAUGUUCGCCAAUAUCGUGUUGGCUGGUGGCUCUACCAUGUUCCCGGGCAUCGCUGAACGCAUGCAGAAAGAGCUCAACAACCUUGCUCCAGCAGCGCUGACUGUCAACGUGGUUGCUCCAGCAGGUAGGAAAUACUCCGCAUGGCUCGGUGGCUCGAUCCUUGCUUCUCUCUCCAACUUCGAUGAUUAUUGGAUCACCAAGAGGGAAUACGACGAGUUCGGCCCAUCCAUCGUCAACAGGAAAUGUGCCUAAACACGGCGAUUUUGUGACAUUGACUGUAAACUCGGUUCUGCCCAUUCCCAACGUGGUAUCGAAGUCCAAUAACUAGGAGUGCUCUGUCAAAUAACGGGUCCAUAAACACCCCGACGCCUCGGUCAUCUUUAGACUCUUUCCGAGCACGUUCCAUGUUGGCAGCAAUGUAUAAGAGACACCUGUGAUUGUAAGAAAUAAAGGUUAUAUCCUCGAUA